AUGGCACCGAAGGCAUCAAUGGCGACGUUGUUCCAUCCCAAGAAGAAAACUACGAAGCCAGCCGGACAGACAACACCAGUCAAGCCGGCCCCCACAGGUCCAAGGAAAUCCUCUGCUACUCCUCGUCCAAAACCUGUAGCAGAAGCCGAGGAUGACUCGCUCAAACUUCCCGACGGCCCAUACCAGGAGUUCCGACUCAUGUCGUCUGCGCUGAACGGUUGGAAAUACGAUGUCAUGAAGUUCGAUUCGAGGAAAGCCAUUGAUAUAUCCACUUGGCAACCACCGAUAAAGCUGAAUAGGAAGGAAAUGAGGCGGGAGGACGACACAGCAACGUCAACAGGUCCGGAGGCGGUGGGGCCCAUGAUGGGGCCAGAUGGGAAGCCGGUUAUUGGCGUUGAUGGACGAGUGGUAAUGGUGGAUGCGGAAGGACGACCGAUACACCCAGAGUCGGGAUCUUCGUCGAAGGGUGGGGAUGCGAAGGGGAAAGGGCCAGCGAACGCGAAGAAGAGGUUUCAGAAGAAGACGAAACAGGUGUUCCUGGUACCCGACGAGGUGCGGCAGCUGCGGAAAGAGGAGCGGUAUCCAUGGGUCAUCGAGGACUCCUCGGGCAAGGAGGUUUGGGUAGGGAAACUAGAGGAAGUGGCGCAGGCAGAAACUAGGGCGUUCUUCAUGCCCGCGGCGAAUGACGUGUUCAAAUUUGUGCCAGCUCAUCGGUGGUAUAAAUUCCAAAAGAAACCGCAAUAUGUUAUCUGGUCAGCAGAGGAAGCUGAGGCUAUUGCAAGUAUUCAUAGGAAUCAUAUCAUUGCGAACAUGGAUCCGCAGGUCUGGUUGUCUAAGCGUAAAGGGCAGGACGUAUCUGCGGCUACCACCGCUGCGUUCAAGGCCGGAGCUGAGGGGAGAUCGGUUGCUGGAGGCCCUAACUCGCUGGUGCAUACUGCUGGUCAAAGCUUGGGUCCGGGUGGGAGGAGAUUAAAGACAGUUGAUAGUGGGAUGGACCAUCUCUUUGGUGACGACGAUGAUGACGAAGGUGGUAUGAAACGGCGGAGAGAGAAGGAACUGGGUGAGGAAGGGGACUUGGACGAGGUCAUCUUUGAAGAAGAGUUUGCCGACGAUGAGGAACCGAUGGAAGUUGACGAUAAUGACGAAGAGGCUAAAGAACAAGCAGAACGGAUGAAGAGGGAGCAGAAAGCAGCAAACAAGACACAAGAGGGUUAUAUUGAUGCAGACGAGGAAGAGGAAGGAGGCACAUUAACGAAGGACGGCAAACGGUAUAAGAAGAUGCUCCGUAACCGGGACGGCAACGACGCGUACGACUCUGAAGAAGAAGAAAACCCAUACGCUAGUUCGGUCGAGGAGGAGGAGGAAGACGAGGAUAUGGUCCCCGUUCCCUUGGCCGAUCCAGCUUUGCAGCCCAAGGCCGAAGAACCUAGUACUGGUUCCCAGCCCCAGAAGACGGCCACUCCUCGACCACCAAAUGGCAGUGUAAAUGUAAAAUCAGAGUCACGAGCCACCUCCCCCGUCCCAAAUAUCGGGCACGGAGGCCACUCCAUAGUUGCCAAGCGGGCUACUAGUCCGAAAGCAUCUAAAUCUAAGACGGGUUCGGCAAGUCGUGGUGGAAGCCCACUGGCUAGCCGCCCCGGUAGUCCUCCUGCAGCCGUAGGCAGUCGUGCUGGCAGUCCAGUAGCGACAAACAAGCGGAAAGCGAUGGACGAUCCAUCGAGUCCAACAUCCCCGACAUCCCCAAAUCCGAAUGGUGCAAGCGGCCCGCCAAAGCUAAAGAAACGAAAACCCCUUCCUCCUGGUGGCGCUCCUGUUGGAGAGCUAGACGACAAGAUGGUUAUUGAGUGGCUAAGGAACACACCAAACGCUACGACGAGGGAUUGCAUCCAGCACUUUACGCCGUAUCUAACCGAAGAGGCGAAGAAGGCGAAGUUCACUGCGCUGGUGAAGGAGGUCGCUCAGCUGAAGGGUGGCGUGUUGGUAUUGAGGAAUGCUUAUCGUACAGGUUCGGCCGCGCCAUCGCCUGCGCCGACUGCCUGA